UAUAACUAAACCCUGUUUAUCUCUUUUACAUUUUGACAAAAUGCUGCAACGUUUGUCAUCAAGAAUUUCAAAGACACUGAGCCAUGUUUCCUCAGCCUAUGUUGUCCCAAAACACUCAUUCACCGCCUUGUCUUCGCAACCAAAUCUUCAAAAACUGCAACAGAGAGUGAUCCCUGGCGAUUUCCUGAGAUGGGGUUCGCUCGGUUUUUGUAGAACUUCAAGCUUUGCCACUGGGUUCUCGCCAUUACAGCACAAGCCGUUGGACUCUAUUAUGGAUAUUCAGAGAGUGAAGGAUCGCUCGCCUGAGGAUAUUGCUUCCGCCUGGGAUGAUUAUCACUUGGGAAGAGGCCAUAUUGGUGCAUCUAUGAAAGCAAAGCUUUAUUACUUGUUGGAGCAAAGAGCAGCUGAUUGCCAAUAUUUUGUUAUUCCUUUGUGGAGAGGAAGUGGUUACACGACAAUGUUUGCUCAAGUGCAGAUGCCCCACAUACUUUUCACUGGUCUUGAAGAUUACAAGGCAAGAGGAACUCAAUCAGCUCCUUACUUUACUGUAUCUUAUUACAAUGAAUUUGCAGAAAGCAAGGACUUGGUGCUGAUCCGUGGUGAUGUUGUGUUUACAAGCAAGAUUAGUGACACAGAAGCAAAAUGGCUGUUGGAAACGACCCAAUCUUUUUAUUUGAAUGAUGUGAGGUACAAGCUGGUUGAACGGUUCAACAAAGAAACACAUGAUUUUGAGUUCAAGGAUGUGUUGCAAGCAUUAGACAUGCCUAUUCUGUGAUCUGCCAAAAGAAUGGAACUUGGCUAAUAUGAUGGUGGAAGACAAGGAUUUAGUCAGCAUAGGAAUUGAGAUUACUUAAAUUGCGACAAAGACAUUAUCAUGAAUUGUCCUUGUCAGAAUCCAAUAUGAAUGGCGUUAAAGCUUUAAGAAGAUAAGGUGGGGGAAUCCAAACCGAUGCUUCUCAAAAUCAAAUUUCCUUUUCCUGGUUGGAGGAAUUUUAUUUUUGGGGACUUAUAGAUUCUUUGCUAAGAAAUGAAAAUCGAUGGAGUUGGUUUUAAUCCAGAUCUCCCUUCCUCUUUCUUUGUCUCUACCUUGCUGUUCAGAUUAUAAAAACAGCAAUAUAUGGCCAAUGCUUGACACCUUUUAGAGGGAUUUCUUUGGUUCAUUCCCAUUUGCAACUUAAUUCAAUGGUAAAAUGGAUUUGUGGAUGCUGUUAUUGCUGACAAUUGAUUAAGAUGUAUCUUUAAAUUUUUUU